UGUACGUAUACACGUGUGCAUGUACUAAUUGUCUGUGCAAUGCUGAAAACACUUUGCAGCCAAAAGUGGGAGUGGCUGCUCUCCACCUGUAACUCAAAUAAAGCCGCCCUCAAGUUAUUGGGUGCAAUGCAAAUGGCAGCCAAAGUGGUGAGGAAGAGGAGAGUGUUUGAGGGCUGUGCUAACCCUCUGUUUGUCAAGUGGGUGGAAGAGCUGAGAGACGAAGCUGUGGAGAAGAAUGCUAAAUCUCAGUAUGCUUAUUCCAAGGCCCUAAGCUCUCUGCGUAGAUACCCUCUCCCCCUCUCAAGUGGUCAAGAAGCCAAACUCCUCGACCACAUUGGUGAGAAGGUAGCCAAGUUUCUAGACAAGAAGCUGGCACAGUACAAAGAGAGGCGUGGCAGUGUUGACGAGUGUGAGGAUGACGAGCCAAGCCCACCAGGGAGAGGCAAGAAAAAACGAAAGAAAGAGGGCAGCUCCAGUAAGGAAGACGCAUGUGAUGGCUCUGGCCCUAGUGAAAUCUCAACACCAAAGUCCAAAAGGCGGAAAUCGUCUGGUCCUCGAGAGUAUGUACCCGCCUAUCGAUCUGGUCCGUACGCCCUUCUGAUAGCACUGUAUGAAGCUGAGCAGAAACCAUCUUGGCAUGGUUACCUGCUCAAGGGAGAGCUAAUAGCAGAGGCCCAGAUGCACGCUGACUCUUCCUUCACUGUGAAGGAGGCUGGCUCCUACUACACUGCCUGGAGCUCCAUGACCACCCUGGUAGAGAGAGGCUUCAUCGUUCGAUACAGCCAUCCACCGAAGUUCAAGCUGUCAGAGAAGGGAGUUAGUCUGGCUGUGAGACUACUGCAAGGUGGUGUGCAGGGUGGAGUGUCAGACCUCUCUCAAUCGCAAGGUGGUGCGGCCAGCCAGACUAAUCAAUGGCCGACUCCAGCACACAGCUCGGCUACUGGGACUGGAGGGAGAUCAAGUGAGAGCACUCAAAAAAAGAAAAGAGAAAAGAAAGAAAAAGAACAGUUGCCAGUACCAAAGGAACCACAACCGCUGACGAAGGAGAAGCAUGUGCCUAGCCCACCCUCCACCUUUUGUAUACCUGACUAUUCCCCGUCUAGCUCCACCCACUCUGAGGACCACCUCCCUCCAAUCAUAACCCCAUACCAGCCACACUCACAUUCAGCACUGAGUAAGAUGCUUGAGUUCUGGUAUGUUAGUCCCGAGGGACGUCAUGUGACCUCCAAAGACCAGGCUGCUGUGACAUUCAAUGAGCUUUCUGUUGGUUUUCUGGUAAAAUGCAAGCGUAAGGAUUUGGAGGACUCCAUUUUUAAUUACACCAUAGACAAAAUGAGACCACCUGACGGAGAGUAUGUAUUCGCCUACCUCAGUAACGAGCAGGGGCCAGACUAUUCAAACCCUCCGUCUAUCCAUGGCCACACCCCCAACCCUCGUCCCUCCUACCCCACCAAUAAAAUAUCAGAGACACCUCUCUCCAGUCGAAAUGUAUCAAAAAUUGUAACUCCCGCUACAAAGAGUAAAAACGAUGAUGCCCCUGUGAUAAUUACCCUCUCUGAAUGCGACCCAGAAGAUGAUGUAAUGAGAAUUGAUUUUGACUGCUCUGGUGCUUCAGAUGACAUUGAAAUGUUCAGACCGCUCUCGGAAAGAAUUGGUUUGAAAAGCAAAGUUCCAGAGACUCUACCAGAGAGUGUACAUGGAUUCAAGUCAAUAUCAAGCCCUCAAAUAUCGUCAUCUAACAAGGCUCUGACAGAGAAGGUAAGGGGAGGAGAGCAGACACUCACUCCUGCUCAGAAGGCUGGCAGAGCAGCAGUUAAUAGAAAAAGAACUCAAAACUUGAAACCUACAAUUGAUCGAGAAAACAGAAUUGAAGCUGAUGCAGUUCGUUCCUCUUUGAGUAAGGAGAAUAAAAUUCCUGACCCAAAGACUGUGCAUAGUAUAUCGAACUCGAAACCUUCUCGAGGAAAUUCUUCACUAAGUGCGUUAAUUGUAGACUUGACUGACAGUAGCCAUUCGACUGAUGUCAAAAAUACUGUCCCACCGUUCAAAGAGACGCAGUACGUACAUAUCAGCCCACCAGUUGAUAAAAGUUCUAUCGUUGCUUCCAAGCCAGCUAAGAGAGCAGUCGGCAUGGGAACAGCGGAGACCUUGCUAGAGGGGGUGGAGGAGCUUGGCAGUCCUGAGUUUGUGUUGAACCCUGGUGACUUUGAGGUCAUUCUCUGUGUGGAUAGUGGAGAAUCUACUGCCAGCAGGAAGCACACUUCUCAAUUCAGAGGACUCUUGCUACAAGAGCUAGCUAAGAAUGGUGUUCUUUUUGACGUGCGGAGGCUGACGGUGGGUGACUUCCUGUGGGUGGGGCGUGCGAGGGUGUGCCCAGUGCCGGGUCAGCUCUCCCUACCCUCCUCACGGGAGGUGGUCCUGGAGUACAUCGUGGAGAGGAAGAGGAUGGAUGAUCUGGCAGGGAGCAUCACUGACGGACGGUUCAGAGAGCAGAAGUUUCGAAUGAGGAACUGUGGUCUGUCCCGGCCAGUGUACCUCGUUGAGGAGUACAAGGACAUGACCCACCUCCAACUGCCAUUGAGGAGCCUCAACCAAAGUAUCGCUAACACGCAGGUCAUUGACGGGUUCUACAUCAAGAGAACAAAGGACAUUCGUGAGAGUAUUGCCUAUCUCACCAUCAUGACCAGACAGCUACAGAAACACUAUGCUGACAAGACAUUGAAGGCCUAUCCUCACGAGGCUAUCACUGAGCUGAUCAAAACUAAGCAGCAGCAGUCGUCAGGAAGCAUCGUCUACUCCAUGCCCUUCAAGGCUUUCAACGAGGCCUCUAUCAAGAACAAGGUGUUGUCUGUGUACGAGAUGUUUGGACGUCAGCUAAUGCAGCUGCCCAACUUUUCUGCUGACAAGGCGGUGGCAGUGUUGGGCCACUACCCCACUGUAUCAAGUUUGCGCCAAGCAUACCGUGAAUGUGGUAACACUGGAGAGAGAGUCAAGCUACUGAGCAAUAUCAAGGCUGGCAAGACCAAUAGGAGACUAGGAGACAGUUUGAGCUCUCUCAUCUACUCCCUAUACUGGCUGGGAAAGGACACUUGACUCUCUCUAGCUAGCUGCCAUUGCGGCACUGGUCUGUAUCUGACUUUCUUAGUACAAACUGCUAUUAUUUAUCACCUCUAUGUUUUGUACAGGCUCUUGUUUUGUAUACCUCACUAGGUACGUAGCCGUGUUGUGGCCUCUGCGCAUUCAUUCCUGCAUGUCUGUACAACCUACCUUCAAUCACCCAUGAUCAAUCAGUAUUCAUCCCCCGUCAUUUGAUAUCAUAUCAAAAUUGCUCUCAA